AUGGCAUCCACCUCCGGAGUAGGGUCGUAUUCGAACCCUCUGAAGAAAUUCAAGCUGGUUUUUUUGGGCGAGCAGAGUGUUGGGAAAACCUCUCUGAUCACCCGGUUCAUGUACGAUUCGUUUGACAACACGUACCAAGCUACCAUUGGAAUCGAUUUUCUGUCGAAGACUAUGUAUUUGGAGGACAGAACGGUCCGCCUGCAGCUUUGGGAUACGGCCGGUCAGGAGCGAUUCCGAUCUUUGAUUCCGUCGUACAUCCGGGACUCCAGUGUCGCCGUGGUCGUCUACGACAUUUCCAACGCGAAGUCCUUCCAAAACACUCGGAAGUGGAUCGACGACGUGCGUGGGGAGCGUGGGAACGACGUGAUCAUUGUGCUCGUCGGCAAUAAGACCGACUUGAACGACAAGCGCGAGGUCACAACGGCGCAGGGCGAGGAGGAGGCGAAGAAGAACGGCCUGAUGUUCAUCGAAACGAGUGCCAAGGUCGGCCACAACGUGAAGCAGCUGUUCCGGAGAAUAGCGCAAGCCCUACCAGGCAUGGAGGGCGAGGGCAACAGAGGAGACAACCAGAUGAUUGAUGUCAACAUUACCCCGAAAGAGACCACGACCAACGAUGGAUGCGCCUGCUAG